AUGUUAAUGAUGGGAAAUGGAAAAGACGAUGAUUCUAUUUAUCCGUUUAUGGCCGGCGAGCAAGUGCUUGGUAAAUAUUCUUACUUCAACUGCUGGUCAAAAAUGGAGACAAUAUUGAUUUUAUCAAAUAUUCGUAUAUUAACACGAUAUCGUCAACGUACGGGUUGCUGUGGUCAUCGCUCACAAUAUAACAGUAUUCAGUUAGAUACCAUAUCAAUGGUAGUAGAGAACCCACAAAGUGUUAGCAGCGCAGUUAUUCUGGGCAAUUUAUUUGUGCUCAUUGCUGGUUUGGUAGCGGUUGUGGCUGGUGCGAUUCUUGGUGGCAUCCCGAGAACGCUGCUACUUGUAAUUGGUAUUAUUACCACGGUAGGAACGAUUAUCGGUUUAUUGUAUAUGUUACUUCAUAAAGUAAAAUUACUCACAGUUAAAGGUGAUUUUGGAUCAGUUAGUUGGGUGUUGGAGAAAGAUAAAUCAAGAGAUGUUUGUUCAAAACUACCAGAAUUAAUCUAUCAGUUAAAAGGCCAACGAUAUUAA